CAUGAUGUGAUUCAUGAUAGCAAAUGAGUGCGGUCAUGGAUGGGUUCAUGGAUCACAUCUAAUGAGUUCCUUCGGAGAUCCUUGCGCUCCUCGUGCCGCCAAGUUCGCAGUUGUACCUGUGACACAUCCCUCUACUUUGAGUAGUGCCUCCGGAAGUUCACACGUCGGAAUCGGAUAGAAGCGAAAUGUGACAUAUCUGUCAGAGAGUGUCAGGGCUACGGAGUUGCUGUGCUAACAUAGGCUGGUAGCACCUAUUCGUUGGCCCAUCUGGGCGUUUAUCUCUUCUCUUAACGAAACACCCAUCUUCGAUUUUGUUCGAUGUCCUUGCCGUCCCUCAUUAGAGCACCAAACGUGUUUCACAAUGAGUGAUUCUUGUAACCCGCCGCCUUCAUACGAGCUCUCCCAGCAGGACCGGAAAAUCGUUGAGAAGAAACUCCAAGAGCUGCUCUUAUCCAAGAUCCCCAUCCACAACGUCGAGGAAGAGCACGUCGAGGAUGACAGCAAAGAUUCCAAGGAACCAGAGGAGCAGAAGCAGAAACAGGAUUUGUUCCAGACCUCAGUGCAACCGCUUCGCAUACAGAAGCGUACACCUCGAGGAGCUCGCCCCCUUCCUCCAAAUCCAGCAGAUGCUCAAUAUUCCCGUAGAAAACCAGCUGCCAUCCACCCAAUUGGUCCUCUUAAAGAGGAAUUAGAGCCCCAGGACUAUCAACCGGUUCUAUCGCCCCCUCCACCCUUCACAGUUGUAGGUCCUUGCCUUGAUGGACCUCCGUACGAACACUCGAUGUACCAUGCCAGUGGCUCUGCGGCACAAUCCCCACCCAAUCGCAUUUCUUUUAAUUCAACCCCCGUUCAUCGUGGACAGCACCGUCCCUCUUCAUCAUAUUCCCCCGCUGAGCCAUGCCCAGAGACUUCGCAUCGGCGCAUUUCCCAUGGCUCUUAUCUCGAGCCCUCAAGCUCGAAGCAUUUAACGCCUCCAGGAAAAAGCUUUCCCGCCACCCGACUCAAUUUUGACCCAUCGGUUGCCUAUGCAACCUCAUCCAACCUCAUGUACGAUCCUUGGGAGCAUACAUCUGACUCAACAACGAUUAAUCCUGCUUCACUCUACUCCUCAGCGGUAUCAUCCUAUUUACAUCCAGCGUCAGCUGUCAAUCCAGGGCCACGCUUCUCAUACAGGUAAGUUGCCAAACUUCGGUCAAGUCCGAAACCUACCUUAUGCAUGUGGUGUAAAAGUGGUGCCAAGAACAGGUUUUCAACGCCCCCUCGACCUUCAUCAUCUUAUGAAUCACUUACGCCUGCAAGUAGCCCGGGAACGCCUGCUUUACAAUUCCGCUCACCUUAUGUACCUGAUUAUUCGGCUUCUC